AUGUGGAGGGGACCGGCUUCAUAUAAGCAGACCGCGAGAGUCAACAUGCUGUCUCUGACGAUCCCCCGUGCUGCUCUCCGGUCGGCUGUGGCCCCUCGCCAAUUUGCUGCUGCUGCUGCGGCCUCAUCUGUCCGCUAUGCCUCGACCAAGUCGUUGACUGAGGCUGUAGCUGAGAUUGUGCCUGCCAAGCGCGAGCAGCUCGCCAAGCUCAAGUCGGAGCAUGGCGAUGCUUCGCUGGGUGACUCUAAGGUGAGCCACCUGAUCGGUGGUAUGCGUGGCCUCAAGUGCAUGCUUUGGGAGGGCUCUGUGCUUGACGCUGAGAAGGGUAUCACCUUCCACGGUAAGAGCAUUCCUGUCUGCCAGAAGGAGCUGCCCACCGCCAAGGACAUUGGCCGUCCCGGCAAGGAGAUGCUGCCUGAGUCGAUGCUUUGGCUGCUGCUCACUGGCAAGAUCCCUACCGCCGAAGAGGCAAAGGGUCUGUCGCAGGACCUCGUCUCGCGCGCCAAGCUGCCUAACUUCGUUGAGAAGAUCAUUGACUCCUUCCCCAAGUCGCUGCACCCUAUGACUCAAUUUUCGGCGGCUGUGUCGGCUUUGAACCAUGACAGCAAGUUCGCUGCUGCCUACAAUGCGGGUGUCAAGAAGACUGAGUACUGGCAGCCCACUUUGGAGGACUCGCUGGACCUGAUUGCCAAGCUCCCUGCCAUUGCUGCUCGUAUCUACUACAACGUGUUCGGCAAGGGUGACGGUAAGCAGGCCGUGGACCCCAACAUGGACAUUGUCGAGAACUUCUCGCACAUGCUCGGCUACGGCAACUCUGAGGGUCUGACCGACUACCUGCGCCUUUACGUGGCUGUGCACAGCGACCACGAGGGUGGCAACGUGUCGGCCCACACGGCCCACCUGGUGGGUAGCGCCCUGUCGGACCCCUACCUCGCCUACGCCGCCGCCCUGAACGGUCUGGCUGGCCCCCUGCAUGGCCUUGCCAACCAGGAGGUGCUCAACUGGUCGCUUGAGCUCGAGAAGGCUGUCGGCUCGAAGCCCACGGAUCAGCAAAUCACUGACUACCUGUGGGACACGCUGAAGAGCGGUCGCGUUGUGCCCGGCUAUGGUCACGCCGUGCUGCGUCAGCCUGACCCUCGCUUCACUGCGCUGUCGCAGUACUGUGACACCCGCCCUGAGCUCCAGGAGUCGUCGAUUGUGCAGCUCGUCCAGCGUCUGUCGAAGCUUGCCCCUUCGGUCCUGAAGGAGCACGGCAAGACCAAGAACCCUUACCCUAACGUGGAUGCCGGUUCGGGCUGUGUCCUGUACACCUACGGUCUGGACGAGUUCAAGUUCUACACUGUGCUGUUCGGUGUGGCUCGUGCCUACGGUGCCCUGCCUCAGCUCGUGUUCGACCGCAUUCUUGGUCUUCCGAUCGAGCGCCCGAAGUCGCUGUCGAUGAACGCGCUGGAGGCUCUCCUGAAGAAGUAG